AUGGUUUCGAAAUUGCCACCAGAAUGUCUCUACAAAAUAUUUGACGAAUUCAGUUAUAGCCAAAUUGGCAAAGAGAAAAAUAGUUUCAUUCAUCUUCAUUCUAUCAUAUUAGUGAAUAAAUACUGGUGUAAUGUUGCCAUUCCAAUACUUUGGCGUAGAACAUUUAAUUGGAUAUAUCAGAAAAAUAAUUAUGGGGAUAAACAUGUUCAUCUUAUGUCAACUUAUAUUUCUUGUUUGCCGGAAGAAUCUAGGACCAAUUUAAACAAGCUCGGGAUUAAUUCAUCGAUCAUUCAGCCAACAUUUCGUUCAAAUUUUGACUAUCCUUCCUUUUUACAAAGUCUACAAUAUAAAUGGUUAUAUAAUUCUGUAAAUAAGUGGUUAGAUGUACAUGCUUCGACGGACAUUAUAAGAGGAGAUAAUGAUAAUGAAACGAAUCUUCAUCCAAUUUUUGUUGAAGAAUUGUGCAAGUUAUUUAUGAAAAGAUGCACAAACUUAUUACAGCUAUCUUAUAAUCAUCUGGAUGAUUUUGGCGAAUAUCCUAUAUAUCCUGUAGUUAAUAUGCCAAGUUUUGCUGGAGCUUCAGAUGCACUGGCGAAUCUUCGGCAUUUUGAUUUUCAUGGAUGUCUAGAUCCAAAAAUUUUAAAAAGUGCUGCAAAGAUAUGCAAAUUCGUUAAAGUGCUUUCAAUUGCUUGUUGUUGUUACGAUAACGAAGGUUUGGCUACGUUUAUUGAUCAACAAACACAUUUAGAAAACCUUUCAAUUGAAUUUGAGCAAAAUGGAAUUGAUCUUCCUAAAAUAAGGAAUUCCUUACGUAAUAAAGGGAAAGACCUUUCCGCGUUGAUGAUUAGACAAAUUUUUUUUCCAUUAGAUAUACUUGGUCAUAGUCCAAAUCUCACAGGUUUAUUUAUAGAAGAUGGAUGCGAUUCGCAUAGAGAUAUUUUUGGUCAAUUUGUCAAUUGGCAAUUUUUUCGACUCACAAAUCUUUUCCUUGCGAUCAAGAAUGUACAUAUUGGCUCUAUCGUUCAAUUGAUAAAUAAUACGUGUGGAAAUCUCACCACUGUUAGGAUUGUGUGGACAAAACCUAUUGAUAAAGAUAAUUUUAACCUUUACACCGAAACUAUUCUCGUAAGUUGUCCACGCUUGAUCGCUUACCAUGGAUAUUUCGAUGAUAAUGAAAUUGGAAAAAUGCCCGAGUUUUUCGAGAAGCAUAAAAAUCUAGAAGAAUUUCAUAUCAGUCUAUAUUCUCUCACACGUUGUGAGAUCAGUAAUAUGUUGAAAAAGCUUGGAAAAUAUCUGCCACCAAAUUUACAAGAAAUUUAUCUACCGGCAAACUAUGUUUACACCACUGAAUCUUUGGAAUCAUUCCUUGAAAGUUGUGCAGCAAAAUUGUGUGCUCCUUUGAAACUUACCCUUCGCUGUAGAUCCACAAUACAUGAAGAAAUUCUUUCUCGUUAUGUGGAACGAAAAAUUAUCAAGAAUAUGUUGUUUUUUAAUUCACGACCUCGUUUUAUUUCUUUCGUGAUUAUAUUAAUCUCAUUUUUCAUUGGAUUUUUUUUCUUGGUUCAACAAUUCAUUCAACAAGAUGAUUUUGUAAAAGCUAGCAGUAAUUGGUUAAAAGAAAAAUUCAGUGUUUAUUUACCAGUAAAGAAUAAAUUGGGUCAUGGUAGUUUGACUAAAAUUUUGGGUCAUCAAGAUUUUCCUGAUUAUCAAAUUAGACUAAAUGAACCAAAAUUAUGUGAUGCUUCUGUUCAGCAGUAUUCUGGAUAUCUUGAUGUCAGUAGAAAGAAACAUUUCUUCUUUUGGUUCUUUGAAUCUAGAAAUGACCCAAGAAAUGACCCUGUUGUUCUUUGGGCAAUUAAUGAAGAUGGAGCCGACACUACUUUCAAUCCUUAUUCAUGGAAUUCUAAUGCUAGCAUAAUUUUUUUAGAUCAACCUAUGAAUGUUGGAUACUCUCAUGGUUCUAAAGUGAGUUCGACCCACGCGGCAUCCAUUGAUGUUUACGCAUUUCUGCAAAUUUUUUUCCAAGAGUAUCCUCAAUAUGCACACCUGGACUUUCACGUUGCUGCUGCUGAAAUUAACAAUAACAAUCAGGGAACUUCACCCUGGAUUCUUAACAAAAAACCAAAGUCCCUUUUACAUAUAAAUCUAGAAUCCAUUUUGAUCGGUAAUGGUAUGGUCGAUCCGUUGGUUCAAUAUAAAUAUUAUCCAGACAUGGCUUGCAAUUCAUCUUACGAUCCAGUACUCGAUAUCUCGACCUGUGACGAAAUGCGUGAUGCUUAUCCAACUUGCGCCGAUAUGAUUAAAAGUUGUUAUGAUGGUGUCACUGCAACCUGCUUAACUGCUUCAAUGUAUUGUAACAGGCAUAUCGUCUUGCCUUAUUAUUCAACUAGCAGAAAUCCUUAUGAUGUGAGAAAACAAUGUGAAGGCGGAGAUUUGUGUUAUUCAGACAUUGGAGUCAUUGAACAAUAUUUAAACAGAGGAAAUGUUAGAGAAGAACUGGGUGCUGAUCCUUGGAUUCAGUAUAGAAUCUGCAGCUCAAGGGUCAAUUUUAGGUUUCAUAUGAAUGGUGAUUUAAUGAAACCUUUUCAUCUUCUACUUCCAUCUCUUUUGGAAAAUGACAUACGUAUUUUAAUAUAUGCGGGAGAUGCAGAUUUCAUUUGUAAUUGGAUUGGGAACGAUGCAUGGACAAAAGAAUUAGAAUGGAGCGGCAAACAAGGUUUCAAUGAUGCAAAAACUAGACGUUGGAAGUUACAAGGUGAUAAAUCAAUGUAUGCAGGUGAAUCUAGAUCUUACAAGGGACUUACUUUUUUGAGAGUUUUUGAAGCAGGACAUAUGGUCCCUUAUGAUCAACCUGGUCCCAGUUUGGAUUUCUUAAAUAGGUGGUUGUUGAAAAAGCGCUUAUAA